AUGGAAGAUGAUCCUCCGGAUUUUGAUUUGCCUGAGGUUCUGCCUUUCACUAAAAUUGCUACUGACGAUAGUGCUUAUAAAACCUGGGUAUUUUUGUACCCUGUUUAUUUUGAUUCAACAAAAUCACAUCAAGAAGGAAGAAGAGUCGUAAGAGAACUUGCGGUACCGAAUCCAUUAGCAAAAGAUCUCGCUGAAUCCAUAAAAAUUUUGGGGUUAUCCUGUGUCUUUGAGCCACAUAAAACGCAUCCCAGAAAUUGGGGUAACCCUGGAAGGGUACGAGUACAAUUAUUUAAUGAACAGAAAAUUCCAUUAAAUAAUAAUAUUCCGACACGGAAUGUUGAUUAA